UGAAGUGGCAAUUGUUCCUCCUCCUUGGUCGGCUCCUCCCAUUUUCGUAAGAAGCGUUAUGACGCUGGUCCGGGAUAUUUUCUAGUCUGUUCGAGCGCAAAACAUGAUCCGAUCUGGUCUUUAAACCCCCUUCUUCGGGACAUGGUCUUUCUGCCUUCGUUUACGAAUUUACUUACAGGAUUGUGGGAUAAACUCGGCUUUGGUUCGUUGUUGCGGUAUUGUAAGAUAGCACUAAAUAGGGUUAGUUAACUCGUCGUGAAUCAUAGAGAUCUGGAUGAUCUUUUAUGUUUUGCAUGUUAACCCUAGGAUCAUUUCAUACACUUGACUCUUCUGUCAUGUAAUCCUCAUAUUUAUCUGUAAAAAUGUUUCCUUUACUUCAUCUGAUAUGGAGGAACUAUUUUGGCACGCUAAUCAUUGGAUCAUUCCGUGCUCUUGUCCCUUGUGUCACGCAAUCCUCAGUAGCGUGAUUUUUCAAUGGCAUGCUUUGAGCUGAUCGGAUUGUGGAUGGCCUUUUCGUUACUCGUGCAUUACAAGAGUCUACGGUUUCUUGUGACGUGCCUAAGUUGGUGUCUAAAAGUUUCUUGAGGGUUACUGGAGUCCAUCAUGUCAGACAUGAAUGUUGAUGAACCUGUGAAACAAGAUGAGGAGAAUGCCAUGCCAUCAUCUCAACAAGAGGAGGAGGCGAUUAAGAAAAAGUAUGGAGGAAUCUUACCCAAAAAACCACCACUCAUAUCCAAGGACAAUGAACGGGCUUACUUCGACUCAGCGGACUGGGCUUUAGGAAAGCAGGGAGGGCAUGCUCAGAAGCCCAAAGGACCAGUUGAGGCACUCCGACCAAAGUUGCAGCCUACACCUCAGCAGCAAGUACGUUCCCGUCGCUCAUCCUACGCAUCUAGCGACAAUGAAGGUACACCUGGUUAUUUGCUUUCAUUUUACCAUCUUUAUUUUUCUCAUUAUCCAUUCAAAAUCCUUCUAGCCUAAUCUCUUUCCAAC